AUGGCACGCUCGUCAAGCGUCCUUGCCGGCGGCCUGCUGGGCGCCGCUUCUCUUGGCGGCCUGGCCUUCCUGGCACCUGGCCAGAGCCGACCAGAGCUCGAGGUGCAGACUCAGGUGGCUGCUCAGGCUCCAGGCUUCUUGGCGUCUUCCUCCUCCUCCAGCAGCAGCAGCGCCGCACAGGGCGUGACCGGUGCCUUGGCCGUGGCUGGCCUGAGCGUCGCUGCUGUGCGAGGCGCAUCGGCCGCGUCCCGCCAGAAGGGCAUCAAGCCUCGGGCUGCCAAGAGCGUGGUCGCGUGCCGGUCCCUGGCCAAGCUGAAGAUUGACGAGGUGGACUUGAAGGACAAGCGCAUCUUCAUCCGUGUGGACUUCAACGUGCCCCAGGACAAGAAGGACCCGGACCCGAACGGGAUGAGCCAGACUCAUGAUAUUGUUGAUCGUGAUGAAGUUGGUGAGGACCCGAACAUCAUCACCAACACUGCCCGCAUCGAUGCGGCCCUGCCCACCAUCAAGUACGCCCUGGACAACGGUGCGAAGUCUGUGGUGCUCUGCUCGCACCUGGGCCGCCCCAACGGCCAGAAGGACGAGAAGUUCUCCAUGAAGCCGGUGGCAAAGGUGGUCGAGGAGAAGCUGGGAAGGCCCGUGAAGCUGAUGGACGAUGUGGUUGGUGAGGAUGUGGAGGCUGCCUGCAAGGAUCCUGAGCCGGGCACCGUGAUCCUGUUGGAGAACUCCCGGUACUACGUCGAGGAGGAGGGCAAGGGCAAGGAUGCUGAUGGCAACAAGGUGAAGGCGGAUCCUGAGAAGGUGAAGGAGUUCCGCGCCUCCCUUGCCAAACUGGCUGACAUCUACUGCUCGGAUGCCUUCGGCACGGCGCACCGCGCCCACAGCUCCAUGGUCGGAGAGGGCUAUCCCGUGAAAUGCUCCGGCUUCCUGCUGGCCAAGGAGCUCGAUUACUUCGCGAAGGUGGUGGAUGCCCCGACCCGGCCAGUGUGUGGCAUCCUCGGUGGAGCCAAGGUGGCAGACAAGAUCCAGCUGAUCAUGAACCUGCUUGACAAGGUUGACAUCAUGAUCAUUGGAGGAGGAAUGGCCUUCACCUUCAUCAAGGAGGCCGGUGUGGACAUUGGCAACUCCCUCUAUGACGAGGAGGGCGCCAAGCUGGUACCAGAGAUUAGGAAGAAGGCAGAGGAGAAGGGCGUUGAGCUCAUCCUGCCUGUGGACUUCAUUUGUUCCUCCAAGUUCGGUGACGAUGGAGAGAUCAAGGAGGGCGACAUGAGCACAGGCGUUCCGGACGGCUUCUUGGGUCUCGACAUUGGCCCCAAGUCCAUCGAGAUGAACGACGAGGCCAUCAAGAAGUCCAAGACCAUCGUCUGGAACGGGCCCAUGGGUGUCUUCGAGAUGGGGGCCUUCGAGAAGGGAACCAAGCAGAUGAUGGAGACCAUCGUGGCAGUCACAAAGGAGGGUGCCGUCUCCGUGAUCGGCGGAGGCGACACCGCCACUGCCUGCAAGAAGUACGACACCGUUGACAAGGUCUCCCACUGCAGCACCGGCGGCGGUGCGUCCCUGGAGCUGCUCGAGGGCAAGCUGCUGCCCGGCGUGGCCGCGCUGGAUGACUCCAAGGAGCUGGCAAUGACAAAUCCCUCGCUGCUGGACAAUUGCAAGGGUGAUUGCAAGGGUGAUUGCAAGGUGCGACAUGAAACCACCCUCCUGUACCCCCUCUCUCUGGCAGUGAUGGCACGCUCGUCAAGCGUCCUUGCCGGCGGCCUGCUGGGCGCCGCUUCUCUUGGCGGCCUGGCCUUCCUGGCACCUGGCCAGAGCCGACCAGAGCUCGAGGUGCAGACUCAGGUGGCUGCUCAGGCUCCAGGCUUCCUGGCGUCUUCCUCCUCCUCCAGCAGCAGCGCCGCACAGGGCGUGACCGGUGCCUUGGCCGUGGCUGGCCUGAGCGUCGCUGCUGUGCGAGGCGCAUCGGCCGCGUCCCGCCAGAAGGGCAUCAAGCCUCGGGCUGCCAAGAGCGUGGUCGCGUGCCGGUCCCUGGCCAAGCUGAAGAUUGACGAGGUGGACUUGAAGGACAAGCGCAUCUUCAUCCGUGUGGACUUCAACGUGCCCCAGGACAAGAAGGUGUGUAGGAUGAGCCAGACUCAUGAUAUUGUUGAUGGUGAUGAAGUUGGUGAGGACCCGAACAUCAUCACCAACACUGCCCGCAUCGAUGCGGCCCUGCCCACCAUCAAGUACGCCCUGGACAACGGUGCGAAGUCCGUGGUGCUCUGCUCGCACCUGGGCCGCCCCAACGGCCAGAAGGACGAGAAGUUCUCCAUGAAGCCGGUGGCAAAGGUGGUCGAGGAGAAGCUGGGAAGGCCCGUGAAGCUGAUGGACGAUGUGGUUGGUGAGGAUGUGGAGGCUGCCUGCAAGGAUCCUGAGCCGGGCACCGUGAUCCUGUUGGAGAACUCCCGGUACUACGUCGAGGAGGAGGGCAAGGGCAAGGAUGCUGAUGGCAACAAGGUGAAGGCGGAUCCUGAGAAGGUGAAGGAGUUCCGCGCCUCCCUUGCCAAACUGGCUGACAUCUACUGCUCGGAUGCCUUCGGCACGGCGCACCGCGCCCACAGCUCCAUGGUCGGAGAGGGCUAUCCCGUGAAAUGCUCCGGCUUCCUGCUGGCCAAGGAGCUCGAUUACUUCGCGAAGGUGGUGGAUGCCCCGACCCGGCCAGUGUGCGGCAUCCUCGGUGGAGCCAAGGUGGCAGACAAGAUCCAGCUGAUCAUGAACCUGCUUGACAAGGUUGACAUCAUGAUCAUUGGAGGAGGAAUGGCCUUCACCUUCAUCAAGGAGGCCGGUGUGGACAUUGGCAACUCCCUCUAUGACGAGGAGGGCGCCAAGCUGGUACCAGAGAUUAGGAAGAAGGCAGAGGAGAAGGGCGUUGAGCUCAUCCUGCCUGUGGACUUCAUUUGUUCCUCCAAGUUCGGUGACGAUGGAGAGAUCAAGGAGGGCGACAUGAGCACAGGCGUUCCGGACGGCUUCUUGGGUCUCGACAUUGGCCCCAAGUCCAUCGAGAUGAACGACGAGGCCAUCAAGAAGUCCAAGACCAUCGUCUGGAACGGGCCCAUGGGUGUCUUCGAGAUGGGGGCCUUCGAGAAGGGAACCAAGCAGAUGAUGGAGACCAUCGUGGCAGUCACAAAGGAGGGUGCCGUCUCCGUGAUCGGCGGAGGCGACACCGCCACUGCCUGCAAGAAGUACGACACCGUUGACAAGGUCUCCCACUGCAGCACCGGCGGCGGUGCGUCCCUGGAGCUGCUCGAGGGCAAGCUGCUGCCCGGCGUGGCCGCGCUGGAUGACUCCAAGGAGCUGGCAAUGACAAAUCCCUCGCUGCUGGACAAUUGCAAGGGUGAUUGCAAGGGUGAUUGCAAGGUGCGACAUGAAACCACCCUCCUGUACCCCCUCUCUCUGGCAGUGAUGGCACGCUCGUCAAGCGUCCUUGCCGGCGGCCUGCUGGGCGCCGCUUCUCUUGGCGGCCUGGCCUUCCUGGCACCUGGCCAGAGCCGACCAGAGCUCGAGGUGCAGACUCAGGUGGCUGCUCAGGCUCCAGGCUUCUUGGCGUCUUCCUCCUCCUCCAGCAGCAGCAGCGCCGCACAGGGCGUGACCGGUGCCUUGGCCGUGGCUGGCCUGAGCGUCGCUGCUGUGCGAGGCGCAUCGGCCGCGUCCCGCCAGAAGGGCAUCAAGCCUCGGGCUGCCAAGAGCGUGGUCGCGUGCCGGUCCCUGGCCAAGCUGAAGAUUGACGAGGUGGACUUGAAGGACAAGCGCAUCUUCAUCCGUGUGGACUUCAACGUGCCCCAGGACAAGAAGGUGUGUAGGAUGAGCCAGACUCAUGAUAUUGUUGAUGGUGAUGAAGUUGGUGAGGACCCGAACAUCAUCACCAACACUGCCCGCAUCGAUGCGGCCCUGCCCACCAUCAAGUACGCCCUGGACAACGGUGCGAAGUCCGUGGUGCUCUGCUCGCACCUGGGCCGCCCCAACGGCCAGAAGGACGAGAAGUUCUCCAUGAAGCCGGUGGCAAAGGUGGUCGAGGAGAAGCUGGGAAGGCCCGUGAAGCUGAUGGACGAUGUGGUUGGUGAGGAUGUGGAGGCUGCCUGCAAGGAUCCUGAGCCGGGCACCGUGAUCCUGUUGGAGAACUCCCGGUACUAUGUCGAGGAGGAGGGCAAGGGCAAGGAUGCUGAUGGCAACAAGGUGAAGGCGGAUCCUGAGAAGGUGAAGGAGUUCCGCGCCUCCCUUGCCAAACUGGCUGACAUCUACUGCUCGGAUGCCUUCGGCACGGCGCACCGCGCCCACAGCUCCAUGGUCGGAGAGGGCUAUCCCGUGAAAUGCUCCGGCUUCCUGCUGGCCAAGGAGCUCGAUUACUUCGCGAAGGUGGUGGAUGCCCCGACCCGGCCAGUGUGUGGCAUCCUCGGUGGAGCCAAGGUGGCAGACAAGAUCCAGCUGAUCAUGAACCUGCUUGACAAGGUUGACAUCAUGAUCAUUGGAGGAGGAAUGGCCUUCACCUUCAUCAAGGAGGCCGGUGUGGACAUUGGCAACUCCCUCUAUGACGAGGAGGGCGCCAAGCUGGUACCAGAGAUUAGGAAGAAGGCAGAGGAGAAGGGCGUUGAGCUCAUCCUGCCUGUGGACUUCAUUUGUUCCUCCAAGUUCGGUGACGAUGGAGAGAUCAAGGAGGGCGACAUGAGCACAGGCGUUCCGGACGGCUUCUUGGGUCUCGACAUUGGCCCCAAGUCCAUCGAGAUGAACGACGAGGCCAUCAAGAAGUCCAAGACCAUCGUCUGGAACGGGCCCAUGGGUGUCUUCGAGAUGGGGGCCUUCGAGAAGGGAACCAAGCAGAUGAUGGAGACCAUCGUGGCAGUCACAAAGGAGGGUGCCGUCUCCGUGAUCGGCGGAGGCGACACCGCCACUGCCUGCAAGAAGUACGACACCGUUGACAAGGUCUCCCACUGCAGCACCGGCGGCGGUGCGUCCCUGGAGCUGCUCGAGGGCAAGCUGCUGCCCGGCGUGGCCGCGCUUGACGAUGCCUACUGUUUCAGCUGGCAUCCCUUAGCCCUCCUGUACCCGCUCUCUCUGGCAGUGAUGGCACGCUCGUCAAGCGUCCUUGCCGGCGGCCUGCUGGGCGCCGCUUCUCUUGGUGGCCUGGCCUUCCUGGCACCUGGCCAGAGCCGACCAGAGCUCGAGGUGCAGACUCAGGUGGCUGCUCAGGCUCCAGGCUUCCUGGCGUCCUCCUCCUCCUCCAGCAGCAGCAGCGCCGCACAGGGCGUGACCGGUGCCUUGGCCGUGGCUGGCCUGAGCGUCGCUGCUGUGCGAGGCGCAUCGGCCGCGUCCCGCCAGAAGGGCAUCAAGCCUCGGGCUGCCAAGAGCGUGGUCGCGUGCCGGUCCCUGGCCAAGCUGAAGAUUGACGAGGUGGACUUGAAGGACAAGCGCAUCUUCAUCCGUGUGGACUUCAACGUGCCCCAGGACAAGAAGGUGUGUAGGAUGAGCCAGACUCAUGAUAUUGUUGAUGGUGAUGAAGUUGGUGAGGACCCGAACAUCAUCACCAACACUGCCCGCAUCGAUGCGGCCCUGCCCACCAUCAAGUACGCCCUGGACAACGGUGCGAAGUCCGUGGUGCUCUGCUCGCACCUGGGCCGCCCCAACGGCCAGAAGGACGAGAAGUUCUCCAUGAAGCCGGUGGCAAAGGUGGUCGAGGAGAAGCUGGGAAGGCCCGUGAAGCUGAUGGACGAUGUGGUUGGUGAGGAUGUGGAGGCUGCCUGCAAGGAUCCUGAGCCGGGCACCGUGAUCCUGUUGGAGAACUCCCGGUACUACGUCGAGGAGGAGGGCAAGGGCAAGGAUGCUGAUGGCAACAAGGUGAAGGCGGAUCCUGAGAAGGUGAAGGAGUUCCGCGCCUCCCUUGCCAAACUGGCUGACAUCUACUGCUCGGAUGCCUUCGGCACGGCGCACCGCGCCCACAGCUCCAUGGUCGGAGAGGGCUAUCCCGUGAAAUGCUCCGGCUUCCUGCUGGCCAAGGAGCUCGAUUACUUCGCGAAGGUGGUGGAUGCCCCGACCCGGCCAGUGUGCGGCAUCCUCGGUGGAGCCAAGGUGGCAGACAAGAUCCAGCUGAUCAUGAACCUGCUUGACAAGGUUGACAUCAUGAUCAUUGGAGGAGGAAUGGCCUUCACCUUCAUCAAGGAGGCCGGUGUGGACAUUGGCAACUCCCUCUAUGACGAGGAGGGCGCCAAGCUGGUACCAGAGAUUAGGAAGAAGGCAGAGGAGAAGGGCGUUGAGCUCAUCCUGCCUGUGGACUUCAUUUGUUCCUCCAAGUUCGGUGACGAUGGAGAGAUCAAGGAGGGCGACAUGAGCACAGGCGUUCCGGACGGCUUCUUGGGUCUCGACAUUGGCCCCAAGUCCAUCGAGAUGAACGACGAGGCCAUCAAGAAGUCCAAGACCAUCGUCUGGAACGGGCCCAUGGGUGUCUUCGAGAUGGGGGCCUUCGAGAAGGGAACCAAGCAGAUGAUGGAGACCAUCGUGGCAGUCACAAAGGAGGGUGCCGUCUCCGUGAUCGGCGGAGGCGACACCGCCACUGCCUGCAAGAAGUACGACACCGUUGACAAGGUCUCCCACUGCAGCACCGGCGGCGGUGCGUCCCUGGAGCUGCUCGAGGGCAAGCUGCUGCCCGGCGUGGCCGCGCUGGAUGACUCCAAGGAGCUGGCAGAUGCCUAA